GAUUAGCAGGGUUUGGACGGUCGGGCGAUGGUCGCGGCCGCUGCCGCUCUCCCCGCGGCGCGGCGAUGGGGCGCACCGUUGGCUCGUGGCCCGUCCACCCUGAACGAGGCUCCUGUCCGCCCUCGGCCGGCCGAUCCGAUCGGCGGGGAGCCGCCUCUGCGGCCGACUCGCCGGCCCGACCCGCCGCUCCGGAGCGGCGGUGCGCGCCAGCACAAGUUCGCUCCGCGAGCGAGGCGGGGCGAUCCGCGCGUCGAUCUCAACUUCGCCCUCGACCUCGACGGCUUCCAAGAGCGCACUCUGAAGCUUGCCUACACUCUCUACGAGAGCUCGCGAAAGCGUCUGGAGAUUUGCGCUCGACGACGGGCUACCGGCGUCGACCACAAGAACUUGCCGCUGCGGCCAGUCAAGGCACGACCGUGCGGCCCCACCGCCUGCAACUGCACGAUCGACUACCGCCACUUGACGGCGCCCAACAUGAUGGGAAUCGAUGCGAGCAUUGCGGUCCGAUGGAUGAAGAACCACCGCGCGAGACUCAAGCGCGCGCGCCAGGCACGGGAGCGCCAGGCGCUUGCGCCCCCGGUGGCGCCCCCAGCGCGCUGACGCUGCUGCCACAGCGCACUGAACUUGCUGCUCGCUCUCUUGUGUACCGUGACUGCUUUGUGCGCUGUUGAUAGAGUGUGUGCGCGUUUCUGCAUAGCCACACAUGAAUACUCCCAUGAUCCCAUUGUGUCUU